CGCAACAGGGGCUGCGGUGUCAGAGCCCAGCCAGCACAGGACCUGGCAGCAGCCACAGACCAGCUCAGCUCACCUGAGCUGAGGGCGGCACCUCGGCCCUCUCCAGCGUGUUUCAGCUCUGCACCCAGCCAGAUGGGCAGCCCAUUCAGAACAAUGGGCAUCCUCCAUGUGACCUUCCAGUGUCUCCAGAAGCCCGUUGUGAAGAAGACCUCCAAGGGAAGCUACAAGAAGAAGUGAGGUAUUGACCAGGGGAAGGGGACAGCACGAAGCAGAAGCCUGCAAGAGGGCACUAAGGACAGUCCACAUUUCUGGGAGAGGAGCAGGGAGUCGGGUUUGCCAGGCAGUCUGAGAGAGGAGCGAGGAGCAUGGCAAUCGCAGCAGGCGUCCCCACAGCAGGCUUUACCAUGGUAUCAAGAGAGCAUGCGGGCACCAGGAUGGGUCUGCUGCAACAGAGGUGCACCGGGCACCUGCUCUGUGCGCUGACCCUCCUUGAGGCCACCGGGGCCUUGGCCUUGAUGCUCUACGCACUGCUGUGGGAAGCCGGGAACCUGGUCGACCUCCCUGACAAACGCAUUGGCUUUUACAACUUCUGCCUGUGGAAUGAGACAGCUGGGGAGCUGCAGUGCCUGGAGUACAAGCAUUUGCAGGUGAUGGGCAUCAGCCUACCAGGAAUGGUGCUAGCCAGGGUUUGCGUGUAUGCCUGCCUGGUCUUCAGCAUCUUCUACCCCAUUUUUGUUGCACAUGUGAAGUGCACAGAGGAGAGAGAGGGCUGGAAGGUGAUCCUCAUCAUACUCAUCAUCAAGACCAUAAUCCUGUCUGGAGGCCUGGGUACGUUUCUGUUCCAAACCUCGCAGUGGAUUCACCCCUCUGAUUUCACUGGGGGCUUCCUGGCACUGCUUGGGACUCAGGCUCUGCUACUGCUCCAGAUGCUCACUGUCACUAUGUACCUCAGCUGGGCCAAGCACACGCCUGUGUCAAAGCCCUUUACUGAGGAGGCCCUGCCCAUUGAGAUUUGACAGCGAAGAAGAUGCAAGAGCUGUUGAUAACCUGAUUUAAAACAGUAAUCCCGCUACAGCUUUAGACACUGGCAGGAAUUUGAUGCUUAGUCCAAAGGCCCAUGUCCAGCCAUGCUCUGGCACACAGCUGUGUGCAGCGCUCCUGCAGCAAGCAGGCAGCAGACACCAACACCCCCAGCACAGCAUGGAAGCUUCCCGGGAACAGCGUGUGUAACACACCCCUCGGCCUGGGGCACAGCAUCAAAGCGACGGCAUUUCUGGCCCUGACUCAGAGGACAGUGAAGGGGACAGAUCAGAACCAGCACACAGUGGACACAGCCCUCUGGACAUAUCUAGCCUAAGUAUAGACAGGCAGAGAAGCAAACAGGCCUCCUUUCUUGGAGUUGCCCAAAGAGACUCUGCUCCUUCUCCAACUCCUGGACUAACCAGGGAUGCAGUCGAGGCAAUUGUGACUUGAGGAGCUGUGGCUUCACACUGCCAUCGCAGCAGUGGCAGCCCCAGAAGUGCACUGGAAAUACUCUCUUCAGCAGGAGCACCUGUACUUCACCUGCUAGAACAAUACCUGGAGCAACUCUGCUUUAGUUCAUUAGGGUGAAGUGGCCCACAUCCAACCCCAGCAGCAGCAGAGCCCCUGGAUGGGCAGCCUAACAACUUGCUGAACACUGAACACAGCCCUAAUGAGGAGAGUUUCCACGAGGAAGCAGAGGAUUUUGGUGCAGAGCCCCAGGUUUAUCCCCACUGAUAUUACGGGGCUGAGCCCAGCACCCCCACCAGCCUUUGAGACUCCAGGAGAACUGGUUCUGUGCGAGGACAGCUCACCACAAAGCUGUCAUACCAACACACGCCCCACGCAGGGGUGUGCUCGGGGAGCAGGACCCGGGCUGCCAAAGGCUGGGGUGCAGUGCCCCAGCUGGGCCAUCAUAGCCAGAGCACUGGAUGGGGUCUCUCUGCCAUGGCGGUGCACAGCACCGCUCCAUGCCAUGCCUGUAACCUCGCACAAAGAAGCGCCUGCUUUCCCCCCCAUCCCCUUUGGGGACAUGAGGGUCUGUUUUCUCUCCUGCUGCGGUCUGGGUGGGGAUGUGGCUGGUGAUGCGGGUUUGACUGAUUCUUCAUUUCAGUAAAGGCUCUUGCACCUGCC